AUGUUGUGCGCUAGAAGCUUAUACUUUCAUAAGAGGCGUUUUUAUAAAGGCCUCUACCAUUUCCCCUCUGAAUUUCAAGCACUAAACAACUUUGGCUUGAUCUUCAUUUUCUCAAUAUACCUUGGAUUACUUCUAGAGGAGGAAGAAAAUAGGAAGGUUGAGAUCAAGUUUAAGGCAUUCUCAAUUCUCACUGAACAUGGUGUGAGUCUCUUAGAAAGGCUGUUUCUACCGGCCUUAGACAAAAUGGGGAAGAUAUGCUACUUAUUUCUUACCAGAGACCAUGCUAUAUUCCAACACAACCUUGUGAAUGGCGAUGGCGUUCAGUGCAUUGCCCAGUUUCGCAAGGAAGCUCUCUUUGAUGACUAUCGAAUCUCUAGUCAGAAUGAGGAUCGCAUUGCCUUCACAAUAGAUGUAUCCCUUCUGCUUCGUGCUGUUCAGAUUAGUGUAAGCAUAUGUACUGAAUUUGGUAAUGGUCCUUCUGCCAACCGCCUCCAAAUUAAAUUGGUAAAGAAGUUGCCUCCCAAUUGUACUCAGCCAAUGCCUUUUCUUACCUUUGAAACCAAGGGUUAUAAGUCUGCUGUCAUUCAGGAUGUACCAAUAUCAAAACCUUUAUCUAGGGCUCAAGUGCUUGAGCUUCAUACUGCACUUGAUAUGGCACAAGAUCUACCUCAGACUCUGGUUCAAGUUCCAGAUUUAAAUCAACUGCAGAACUUUGUGGACCGGAUGAAGCAUGUUGGCGAUUUGCUAAACGUCUCUAUAAGCAAGUAUGGAGAUCUACAUGUGCAAAUCUCAAAAACUUUGAUCACACUUGGUGCUGAAUUUUGUAAAUUGUUGGUUGUUGGAGAACAGGCUGAAGCACCCUCUGAGGAUAGAAAUCUUGGUGUUCAGACUCGGUUAGAGAGGGCAAUCUCAAGAGGAGAUGCACAGAGUGUUCAAGUAAGUGUAAGGCACUUUUCUAGGAGCCUCCAGUGUCACCUGGCGAAGCCUGACUAUGCUUUUUAUGGGAUUGCUCCCCAAGGUGCUUGUGUGACUGUGAUUUUUGAGUUCUUCAUUCCUGGUACACGUCAAACUGAUAAAUCAAUCAGUCUACAUUGCAGGCUUCCCGUACUUGAUCCAGGAUCAAGUUGAAUGUUAAUCAGUUUACCACCAAUAACUUCUUUACUGCUUUGAAGUGGAAAAAUAAAUUUAGUGUCUUUUUUUUUUAACUCAGAACUAGUAAUUUUGAAGUAGCUUGCAGCCUGCAGUCCAUGUUAUAUAUCAAAGCAAUUUUGAAAUUGAUAGAAUAUUUGAAGUACAAUUUAUUUUAGCAUUUGUAAUGUAUCUUGAGUACAAGAUUAGAAAUAUUCCAAUUCUUACUAAACUCUUCAAGUACCCUUCUGAAUGAGACAGAAGAGAUGUGAAUGUGAUGAAAACACAAUCCUGCAUUUGGGAAAUACUUUUA